AUGUCUGCUACACCUGCGGCUUCCUCCCCUGAUGGGGCUUCGCCUCCUGCCAGUAAUCCUCCUGGAGGCGCGGACAGUUCAAGCAGCAUCUCAGAUCUCGACCGGAUGGUUCUGGACUAUCUGCGCUCUCGUGGUCACAAGGAACCGGAGAAGAUCAUCGAAGACCUCGAGCGCGACGACAUGUCUGUAGACGAGAAGGGCAAACAACCGGAAACCUUGUCGACGCACACCAUCUCCCAAGAGGAACUCGUCAAACAGCUUGCCAUUUUUGCGGAGAAGCCGACGGACGCGGACGGCAAUGCCCUCAAAGAUAGCUCGACCGCUCUGAACGAGCUCUCCAAGAUCGGCCAGCCCCAGAACAUCCAAAAUCUCAUCUCGAGCAUUGGGCCUGUUGGCGCGGAGGAGAUGUUGCUGUUGGAUCCUACAGAUAAACACGAAGGCUUCCGCGAGCUUGAAGCUUGGGUGGACGGCUCUCUUGACAUGUACCGACCUGAGUUCAGACCCAUUUUGUUCCCCAUAUUCUGCCACUUCUAUUUGGACUUGGUGCAGCAAGGAUUCCGUGAAGCAGCCCAGAGUUUCUACUCUACCUUCUCGGCAUCCCUCUCUUCUGUCCACCAUACCACCCUCCACCACCUCUCAACCAUAACUCUUCCAUACCAUGUCCAGACGGAUGAGAUUGCGCAGCGUUUCCGAAUGGAAAAAUACACUGUCCGUAUGAGCCGCUCGGGGUUCAGUCUCUUGAUCGGUUGGUUGACGGAAGGUUUUGGCGGCGAGCCGACCGGGGCUGGAGAUGGAUUCUCUGGAGAGAAGGGAAAACGCGGUCGUGCGGCUGUCAUGAGAGUUGUGAAUAACCACCUGCGUUUUGAUGUGACCACCUCCUCCACGACCGCGGUUUCCCAGCGAGGAUGGGAAGAGUCUACCGGGUUCGUGUCCGCAGUCGUGCCUCAAACAAACGGAAGUACCACGGAUGCUUCGGCGUACAACUCUGCCAAGGGCGAGCUCAAGCUCGGUCCUGCCCCCAUCUCCGAAGAACUUCGAACGGAAACGGAACGCACCUUGAGAGAGCAAGCCAUCGUUGAUCAGGACCCUGGGGCCCAGUAUGAUCUCCACUUCGCGCGUCCGACACCUCCCGCUGGCCUGAUUUCCCCUGCUCUGUCUGACCUUCCUCCCCAUCCCCCAUCAUUCAAAACCGUUGACGUCAAGCGCGAAGUUGAGAAAGUCCGCGAUGCGCGAAAACGUAUACGGCUUGACCCCUCGGUGCUCACGUCCACCACCGCGAACUCCCAGCAAGGUGCUGCCGUACGUGCACGCGCUUUGCCGAGUAUAUGCGCAUAUACAUUCCAUGACGUGGGCGAAGGCGUCCCAUGUUGCGAGUUCUCUGCCGAUGCCUCUCUCUUGGCUGCCGGCUUCUCCGAGAGCUAUAUUCGAUUAUGGAGCUUGAAGGGCGAGAAAUUGAAGGGGAUGCGCAGCGACUUCCAGAUGAACGCAAUACGAGACGCCUCGUCCCUGAACAAAAUUCGAGAGAGGGGUGGCACUACGACCAGGAAGUUGAUAGGCCACAGUGGACCAGUCUACUCGGUAGCAUUUGAUCCAAUCGGCGGAUCAGCAGCGUCCCCCAAGUACCUCUUGUCUUCAUCUGCAGACGCGACCGCGCGAUUGUGGUCUCUAGAAACCAUGACAAACAUCGUGGCUUACCGUGGACAUCAAAACCCAGUUUGGGAUGUCAAGUGGAGCCCAAUGGGCAUCUAUUUUGCAACUGCGUCUCGAGAUCGUACGGCGCGCUUAUGGUCAACGGAUCGAACGUCAGCACUUCGGAUAUAUGCUGGACAUCUGAGUGAUGUCAAUGCCGUCGACUUCCACCCAAAUUCGUUGUAUCUGGGUACAGCUUCCAGCGAUUGUACCGCUAGGCUGUGGGAUGUCCAGCGCGGCGCAUGUGUCCGUGUCUUCUACAGACACGACGACAUCGUCUCCACUCUAGCUUUUAGCCCUGACGGUCGCUAUCUGGCCACCGCGGGCGAAGAGCCUUCUAUCCGGCUUUGGGACCUCGGGUCUGGUCGAUGUAUCAAGAAGAUGACCGGUCAUACAGCGUCGAUAUAUUCUUUGGCAUUCAGUGCAGAGUCCAAUCUGCUCGUCAGUGGGGCGGCUGACUGGACAGUGCGUUGUUGGGAUAUCAAGGCCUCUGGUGGCCUGGCCACGAAGACGCGCGAGAACGGUGCGACGGUCAACGGCGCGUCGGACGAGACUCCACAUGAAAAGGAUGAGACAGAGAGCAACGCGACGACGGACUUGAUUGCUACCUUCCCCACUAAACGGACACCAAUCAUUAAUGUUCAAUUUACCCCGCGUAAUCUCUGUCUUGUCGCCGGCCCGUAUUUGUCUCCUGAGCUCCGAUGA